GCCCUCUCCUCAGCGUUACGCACGCAUCUCUCUAAAAGCAUCUUCACCCAUUACGCACGAGCCUUGAGUCAGAAUGGAGACGCUGUUAAACAACCAGGUUUUCUGCUGUUUUGUGUUUUACGCGGUGCUGCUCGUGAUAAAAAUGUACAUCAUUUCGAUCAUUGUGGGACAACUUAGGCUGCGCAAAAAGGCUUUUGCUAACCCUGAAGACGCACUCAGACAUGGAGGUGUGCAGUUUAUGAGACAGGACCCAGACGUGGAGAGGGCUCGGAGAGCCCAUUUGAAUGACAUCGAGAACAUCCUCCCCUUUCUGUUCAUUGGGGCAGUGUAUUCCCUAACUGGACCUUCAUUGUUUGUGGCCCGCAUUCACUUCCUGGUCUUCUUCUUGGCCCGUUUGAUGCACAGCGUAGCCUAUUUCUUUGCCCUAAAGCCCCCGACUCGCUCUGUGUCCUACAGCAUUGGACAGAUCUCUUGUUUUUUGAUGGCUGUACAGAUCCUGAUGAUGGUGGCCUCGUUUGCUUGAGUCAAACUGGACCGAUGGUGAUUUCCAAUGGACACAGUCUAUUUGAUCUGAGUUUUUUUUAAAAGAGCAAAUUGACAAACUGGUGUGAAGUGCAAUAUAAAGUGGAAUAACACUGCAGCGUGGUUCUAAACUUUACUUCAGCUCUGAUAAAUCUGAAGUCACAGAUGGAAUAUACAGAAAAAUGUUUGUUGACAUUAUGUGCACUUUUGUCAUGGUUUUAGAUUUUAACAAAGUUCAUUGAAUUAUUUAUCACCGCAUUAUGAAGGCUCGUUAUAGACUUUUUGUUUUGUUGUCAUAACAGUUCUGCACAUUGCCUUGUGUUUACAGCCAACAAACCACCAUUCUUGACAACAUUUUAUAGGUUCUGUUCUAAACGGACUCACGAUGAAGCUGAGUGUGAUUAGUUAUUGCCUCAUGAAAAAAGUUGUUGCUGUUACAAUUUUUAUGUCCAAGAACAAAGUGUCAGUGAUGAACAGUGGUUGUAUUGUGCACAUGUAACAAUGUAUUUGUGAUAAAGCUUUUAUAUGAUGAAAUUAUAAUUUAUUACAAAUAAAGUAUUGUUUUUUCCAAGAAG